AUGGGUUCGCAAAAUUCGAAGAAUGGAAGAGUUAUACCUGUUAUUAAUGAGUCACUGGGUAGUGAAGCCCAUGAACAAUUUCGAUAUUUACUGGGUCGAAGGUUUCAUAAUGUAACUGACAUUAUUUACGAUUUGCCAAAUGACGAAAUUGAAGUCACUCAAUUAGAAGCAGGAUGUAACGUCCUGGAUGUUGGAUGUGGACCAGGCACGUGGACAAUAGAGAUGGCGAUUAAUUAUAAUAAAUCAACUUUCGUCGGUAUAGACGUUUCACCAAUAUUUCCAACGGAAAUCAAACCUAAUAAUGCCAUUUUUGAAGAAAAGAAUAUCCUCAAUGGAAUUCCUCAUCCUGAUGAAUCAUUUGAUUUUGUACAUAUGCGAUAUAUGUUCCCAUCUUUUACAAAGAAUCAAUGGGAAGAAAUGGUUAUAAAUGAAGUUGUACGUGUUAUCAAAAUUGGAGGUUGGUUAGAGCUAUGUGAAUAUGAAUUAUGUCAAAAUUGUGGUCCGGUAUUGGAAAGUUUGCUAUCUGCUCGAAGAAAAAUGCUUAUAAUGGAGGGAAGAAAUCCGGACGUUGCUCAGAUUCUUGGCAAAUUAAUGAGAAACACACAAUAUUUUGAUGAUGUUAUUGCAGUAUUGUUUCCAAACCUUUUUAUUAAUUUAGAUCCACCACAAAAAAAAAGAUGUUCCAAUUGGUUCAUGGGCUGGCAAGAUAGGAGAAGUGACAAUAUAAUUACUCGGAUGGUCGGAAUAAAGCCUGCCCUAUCUCCAUUCAUGAACAUCACUUCCGAAGAAUAUGACGAAAUGAUACAAAAAAGUAUCGAGGAGUUUAAUGAGUAUAGAACAUUUUUCGUUACCUUUAGAUG